AUGGCAGAAUCACUAGACAACAAGACACCCGAGACAGAAACGCCUCGUUUGGUAUUGAGGACCUACCGGGCAACUGAUUUUCCUCAUGUGGACCAUAUGUUUGUAAGCAACUACUUUGCGCUCGUUCCAGAAGGUGUCAGACGAAAGUUAUGGUCUCCAGCGACAUGGGUGGUGUGGUUUGCAGUUUACUCGUAUCUGCUGAUGAUUGUGCCCGUAUUGCUGGGCGGCAUGGAUUUUCCAUCCUGGGCAGAUACCGUACUCAAGCUCUUCUUCACAUUUUCUUGGGGAGCAAUUGGCUUUGCUGCCUUAUUCAUUAUCACCGACCAAUUUGACACCCAAGACCGCGUUGAAUAUGCACGCCAAAACGAUAUGAAGGAUCCUGAGGUUUACUACCUCAACUGGAACAAGAAAGAAGUCGAGGUGGAGGAUGCUCCCAAAGGAAGCAGCGAAAAGAAGCAGGUCACUUUUGAUAAAGAUGCCAAACCAGCUACUGAAAUUAUUCGUGAGCGCAAGCCCGAGUCUGAACAGACUCCUUCACACUUUUGGGUUCUUUCUAUGGAUGGCGAACCCUGUGGUAUGGUUGGACUGGCAAUUAACAAGGAUACUGUAUUUGAUCAAAGACCAGCCCAGCUAGCACCCUGGCAGAAGAUUGGAGCCGGAUUAUUCCGUCGAUACAACUUUUCUGUUCCCAAGUUCCUAGAUACUCCCCCCAAGGUUGAGCCCAAGGUGUUUUCAAAAGCCCAUGGACCUCGCACAGCUACUCUUACCAGAUUGACAGUCAAGUACGAUUAUCAAAACUGUGGUUUGUCUACACUUCUUGUAAACCGUGCUCUUUCUUGGGCAAACGAGAAUGGUAUCGACCGAGUUUAUGCGGAAACCAAUGAGAUGAUGAUGGCUGCAGAACAAAUUCUCGAAAAGAGACACGGAUUUAAGCGUAUCAAUAAGAAGAGUACCGGUUGGUUUGGUCAGUACGAAGCUGAAUGGGAAUGCAAUGUUAAGGAGUGGGUCGCCAAGCAUGAAGAUCAAACAAAGGAAGCUUUUAAGAAAACCUGAGUGCCCAAUUGUAAAAAAAAAUUGUUUUUUUUUUUAUUUGUCCAGCUUUAUAUUACAUAAAUUAAUCAUUAGAAUCCUUUCACUUCUCACAUCCAACAUUUUGCCCCAAUUUUCUUAUUCUCGUGUCACAAUUCAAACUGUGAACCAAAAUAAAAUUAAAAUAAACGUGUUUUUAGCUCCUUUAUUCGCUAUU